CUGAUUAGCUGCUUUACUGUAAAAGCUAGAGAAAGUGAGCAUUAACGGGAAUAUGGUUUUAUCCCUCCAAGAAUUCUAUUUAGCCUGCCAGGGAUUAACCUUGACUGAAAUUAGACCAUCAAUGACCCUUUCAGGGAACGUUCAGAGACCUCAACUUUGUUUAGAGAACUUUAUGCUGUACAAACAGGAAGUUUGCACAGAGAGCAGCAUAAAGCCCCAUUGCUUUGCAGUGUUUGGGACCAGAUCGAUUGGAGGGAGUAGGGUCCAAGACAGAGUUUGUUCUCCUCUGGGCCUUUCUCCAUGCAGCAUGAGGAAGAGCAAACUUCUUCAACCAAGUCUUGUUCUCCUCUUCCUGAUCCGCCUGCCCACAGAUGCCUCCAUCUCUGGAAAACCACAAUAUAUGGUGCUGGUCCCCUCCCUGCUCCACAGUGGGACCUCUGAGAAGGCCUGUGUACUUCUGAGCAACCUGAAUGAAACAGUGACUGUAAGUGUCUCCUUGGAGGCUCUAAGGGAAAACAGGAGCCUUUUCACUGACCUGGUGGCACAGAAGGACUUAUUCCACUGCAUCUCCUUCACUGUUCCACAGUCUUCAUCCAGUGAGCAGGUAAUGUUCCUUACUGUCCAAGUGAAAGGAUCAACUCAAGAAUUCAGGAGGCGGAACACAGUGGUGGUUAAAAACCAAGAGAGUCUGGUCUUUGUCCAAACAGAUAAACCUAUCUACAAACCAGGACAGACAGUGAAGUUUCGCAUUGUCUCAUUGGAUGAAAACUUUCACCCCCUGAAUGAGUUGAUACCACUACUAUAUAUUAAGGAUCCCAAAGGAAAUCGCAUUAUACAAUGGCAGAAUCUCAAGCUAGAGAGUGGUCUCAAACAACUGUCCUUUCCCCUCUCAUCAGAGCCCCUUCAGGGCAUCUACAGUGUUGUGGUACAGAAGGAAUCAAGUGGAACAAUAGAACACCCCUUUGCUGUGGAGGAAUUUGUGCUUCCCAAGUUUGAAGUGCAAGUAACAAUGCCAAAGAUAAUCACUAUCAUGGAAGAAGAGGUGAACGUGUCAGUGUGUGGCCUAUACACAUAUGGGAAGCCUGUCCCAGGACAUGUGACUAUGAGCAUUUGCAGAAAGUAUAAUAAUCCUUCUAACUGUUUUGGUGAAGAGUCAGAAGCUUUCUGUGAGAAAUUCAGCCAGAAGCUCAACAGCCAUGGCUGCUUCUUCCAACAAGUAAAAGCCAGUAUCUUCCACCUGAAGAAGACAGGGUAUGAAAUGCAACUGCAGGUGGAGGCCAAGAUCCAAGAAGAAGGAACUGGUGUGGAAGUAACAGGAAGAGGGUCCAGUGAAAUCACAAACACCAUAACCAAGCUCUCAUUUGUGACAGUGGACUCACAUGUUAGACAAGGGAUCCCCUUCUUUGGACAGGUGCGCCUUGUGGAUGGGAAAGGCAUCCCUAUGCCAAAUAAAAUCAUCUUCAUCACAGCAAAUGAAGCUAACUAUCACUCAAAUGCUACCACUAAUGAGGAAGGCCUGGUGCAGUUCUCCAUCAACACCACCAACAUUAUAGAUACCUCUCUUAGUAUCAUGGUCAAACACAAGGAUCACAGCCCCUGCUAUAACCACCAGUGGCUCUCAGAGGAAAAUGAGAAUGCAUAUCACACUGCUAAUGUUGUAUUCUCCCUGAGCAAAAGCUUUAUCCACCUUGAACCUAUUCCUGGUAAACUGCCAUGUGGCCAAUCUCAGACAGUCCAGGCACAUUAUCUUCUAAAUGAACAGGUCCUACAGGAGCUGAAGCAGCUCGUCUUCUAUUAUCUGAUAAUGGCAAAGGGAGGCAUUUUCCGAACUGGGACUCAUGUCCUACCUGUGGAGCAGGGAGACAUGAAAGGCCAUUUUUCCGUGACCUUCCUUGUGGAGUCAGACUUGGCUCCAAUUGCUCGAUUGCUAAUCUAUGCCAUUUUACCUGAUGGGGAAAUGGUUGGAGAUUCUGCAAAAUAUGAGAUUGAAAAUUGUCUGGCAAACAAGGUGGAUUUGAGCUUCAGACCAUUACAAACUCUUCCAGCCUCACAUACCCACCUGCGAGUCACAGCUUCUCCUCAGUCCCUCUGUGCUCUCCGAGCCGUGGACCAAAGUGUGCUGCUCAUGAGGCCCGAGGCUGAGCUCUCUGCAUCAUCGGUUUAUAAGCUUUUACCAGUGAAGGACCUCACUGGCUUCCCUGAAAGUUUGAAUGAGGCUGAAGAUCAUGGAGACUGUGUCAAUCGUGAUAAUGUCUAUAUUAAUGGAGUCCUAAAGGAUAUGGGCUUAAGAGUAUUCACAAACUCAAAGAUUCAUAAACCAAAAGUAUGUACACAGACUAUAGAGUAUCUAGCAACAUUUUCAGCAUAUGACGCACCAGUUGCACUUUACAGAAGCCAAAUUCAGGAGAUAGAUGCGCCAGUAUCUCACAAAGAGACUGUAAGAAAGUACUUCCCUGAGACAUGGAUCUGGGACUUGGUGGUGGUAGACUCAUCGGGUGUAGCUGAAGUAGGAGGAACUGUCCCUGACACCAUCACUGAGUGGAAGGCAGGGGCCCUCUGCCUGUCCAAUGACACUGGGCUUGGUCUCUCUCCCACUGCCUCUCUCCGAGUCUUCCAGCCCUUCUUUGUGGAGCUCACAAUGCCCUACUCUGUGGUCCGUGGAGAGGCCUUCACACUCAAGGCCACUGUGUUGAACUACCUUCCCAAAUGCAUCCGGGUCCGCAUACAGCUGGAAACCUCCCCCACAUUCCUAGCUGUCCCAGUGGAAAAGGAACAAGGGUCUCAUUGCAUCUGUGGUGAUGGGCGGCACACUGUGUCCUGGGAAGUAACUCCACAGUCAUUAGGAAAUGUGAAUUUCACUGUGAGUGCAGAAGCACUGGAGUCUCAGGAGCUCUGUGGGAGUGAAGUGGCUAUGGUCCCUAAAUAUGGAAAGAAAGACACAAUCAUCAAGCUACUGUUGGUUGAACCUGAAGGACUAGAGAAGGAAGUAACAUUCAACUCACUCCUUUGUCCCUCAGGCGCUGAGGUAUCUGAACAAUUAUCCCUGAAGUUGCCACCAAAUGUAGUAGAGGAAUCUGCCCAAGCCUCUGUCUCAGUAUUGGGAGAUAUAUUGGGCUCUGCAAUGCAAAACACACAGAAUCUCCUCCAGAUGCCUUAUGGUUGUGGAGAACAGAAUAUGGUUCUCUUUGCUCCUAACAUCUAUGUUCUGGAUUAUCUAAAUGAAACACAGCAGCUGACUCCAGAGAUCAAAUCCAAAGCCAUUGGCUAUCUCAACACUGGUUACCAAAGACAGUUAAACUACAAGCACCAAGAUGGCUCUUAUAGCACCUUUGGGGAGAAAUAUGGCAGGAACCAGGGCAACACCUGGCUCACAGCCUUUGUACUGAAGACUUUUGCCCAGGCUCGAAAAUAUAUCUUCAUUGAUGAAACACACAUUACCCAAGCCCUCACCUGGCUCUCCCAGAAGCAGAAGGACAAUGGCUGCUUCAGGAGCUCUGGGUCACUGCUCAACAAUGCCAUAAAGGGAGGAGUAGAAGAUGAAGUCACCCUCUCGGCCUAUAUCACCAUAGCCCUUCUGGAGAUUCCACUCCCAGUCACUCAUCCUGUUGUCCGCAAUGCCUUGUUUUGCCUGGAUUCAGCCUGGAAGUCGGCAAAGGAAGGAGCCCAUGGCACCCAUGUCUACACCAAGGCACUUUUGGCCUAUGCAUUUGCCCUGGCAGAUAACCAGGACAAGAGGAAAGAAGUACUGAACUCACUUGAUGAGGAAGCUGUAAAAGAAGAUAAUACUAUCCACUGGACACGGCCUCAGAAACCCAAGGCACCACAGGGACUUUUGUAUCAACCCCAGGCUCCCUCUGCUGAGGUAGAGAUGACGGCCUAUGUGCUCCUCACUCUCCUCACAGUCCAGCCGGCCCCGACCUCAAAGGACCUGACUUCUGCAGUGCCCAUUGUAAAGUGGAUCACAAAGCAACAGAAUUCCCAUGGUGGUUUCUCCUCCACCCAGGACACAGUGGUGACUCUCCAUGCUUUGUCCAAAUAUGGAGCAGCUACUUUUACUAGGACUGGGAAAGCUGCACAGGUCACCAUCCAGUCUUCAGGGACAUUUACCUCAAAAUUCCAAGUGGACAACAACAACCGCCUGUUACUACAGCGGGUCUCCUUACCAACAGUGCCUGGGGAAUACGGUGCAAGAGUGACGGGAGAAGGAUGUGUCUACCUCCAGACAUCCUUGAAAUACAAUAUUCUCCCAGACAAGGAAGACUUCCCAUUUGCUUUAGAGGUACUGACUCUUCCCCAAACUUGUGAUGGACCCAAAAGCCACACCACCUUCCAGAUCUCAAUGAAUAUCAGAUACACUGGGAGUCGUCCUGCCUCCAACAUGGUCAUUGCUGAUGUAAAGAUGGUUUCUGGCUUCAUCCCCCUGAAACCAACAGUGAAAAUGCUUGAAAGACUGAACCAUGUGAACCGGACUGAAGUCAGCAACAAUCAUGUCUUGAUUUACCUGGAUAAGGUGUCAAAUCAGACACUGAACUUGUCCUUCACAGUUCUGCAAGAUAUUCCAGUAAGAGAUCUGAAACCAGCCAUAGUGAAAGUCUAUGAUUACUAUGAGACAGAUGAGUUUGCAAUUGCUGAGUACAGUGCUCCUUGCAGCAAAGAUCAUGGAAAUGCCUGAGAACUACGUGAACAAAAAGUACUUUGCUAUAUAGUCUCUGUUCACAGGACUUCACAGAAAAGAAACUCUUCUUGCAUCUUCAAAGAUUUGAUAAAUAAACAUUUUUCUUAUCAGUUUCUAUCA